CCCAUAAUCCUUGCCCCAAACUAAUAUCAUUCGCCCGGUCGCUCCAACAAACCUGAUCGGAGAGAUGGACAAAGCUGGUCCGUCCUGGUCCAGAAGGAGUCGGUCCCGAAGGUCACGCACGCAGAUCACGCCUGAUGGCGAUGUGCGAUCAGUCCAUAGCAGGGAUGAGGAUUGGGAUGUACCCCAGGCACAAAAGAAGCUAAAGGGAAAAAUUAUUCAACCUGAAGGGUCCAGGAGGUUAGCGUUUCAAAGGCUUGGCCAUGAAGGCCGAAAUCAAAACCGGCCUGCCAAAGAACGACUAGGGGUGGAAACAACCCCGUUGAGUGCUUUUGAUCGCCUGGGUAGAGGGGCCGAGCGACCUGGUCAGACCAGGUGCACGAAACCUCCCCAUCGCGAAGAGCCCCAACAUAGCCGGGCGCCCCAUGAAGAAGAAGCGGAGAGCCAUCCUAGGCACAUGUUCCGCUCCCAUGUUGAACAACCCCGGGAUCGCGUGGGCCGGGUCGAAGCACGUUUGGAAAAGUUGCAGCGCCGGGUGGACCGGGACGAAAAGAAGAAAAUCCUGCUGAACGAAUCUCCAUUCACAGACCGGGUUCACGAGACCCCAUUUCCAAAGAAAGCAAAGUUGGAGGUCCCGAAGUUUACUGGGAAGGAGGACCCGGAAAUACAUGUCAAAACCCUUCAUCAAAGUGGAAGGAUGAUGGGCCUUUCCGGGGACGAAAAAUGUUUACUUUUCUUCCAAACCCUCCGCGGCCGAGCCGCUGAGUGGUUUCAUAACCUACCGGCCGGUGAGAUCGAUUCUUUCGAUGAGCUGGCCGAGAGGGAGCACGAGGAUUUAACGAAAUUCCUCACCCGGUGGAAGGAUGAGGUUGAUAAAGUCGAGGAGAUGGACGACAAAACCGCCAUGUCCCUCCUAGUGUCUGGACUCCGGUUCGGAGAAUUGUAUAAAGAGUUCUGCAGGAGACCUCCCCAGUCAUACCAAGAGGCCUACAACACGGCCUGGGAUUAUGCUGACGCCGAAGCACAGGUGUCAUCCAAGAGGGAGGCCGAGCAGGGCCAUUCCAAAGGAAAAAUUUCCUUGAAAAAGGAAAUUGAACAGCCUGGGAAAGCGAAGGCGGAAGUCAUGGAGGUUAAGCCAGUCAAAUCAGAAAAGAACCCGACUGGCGAGAAACAAUGGACGGAGAAGUAUUGCUCCUUCCACAAAACUGAAUCCCAUAACACUGCGGAGUGUAACAGUGUGAAGGGAGUAAUUAAGCAGAUGAUCGAGGCCGGGGAGAUCGAUCUUGAGUAUCUAGCUCAGGCCAAGCAAAAGAAAAACCAAUGGAUCAGGCUUGAAGGGAAGCCGGUUGAACAGAAUAAGAAGAAGAAAGCACCCGGAAAAGAGCAUUUGCAGGUCAUCUACGGUGGACCGGAAGGGGGAGACUCCGCUUCCCAAAGGAAGAAAUGGGGCCGAGAGCUCUACGUCGGGACAGUGGCCCUAAAUCCUCGUAGUGUCAAUGUUUUGUACUUGGAUGCAUUUGAAAAGCUCAAGUUGUGUCGGACACGGCUUGAGCCCUUAAAGACUCCCCUGUCCGGGUUCACCGGGGACUCUGUUGAAGCUGAAGGGUCAAUCCUUCUGACUUGUGAGUUGGGCACAGGAGACCAGGUCGUCCAAAAACAAAUGAGGUUUGUGGUAGUGAACAUCAAAUGUGUUCACAACGCCAUCCUAGGCCGGCCUGGAAUAAACAAGGUCCGUGGAGUCAUCUCCAUGGCCCACCUCUGCAUGAAGUUCUAUACCCCUGGUGGUAUCGGACAAGUGAGAGGAGACCAAAAGAAGGUCCGGUCUUAUUACUUGGAGGCCUUAAAGAAAAUGACCAAGGCAUUUGAGAGGGUUACCUUGGUUUCCCAGGAAGAAGAGCGGUCAAAACUGGAGCCGUGUGAUGAGACCGAGCAGAUUGUUCUCCGGGAGGCUUUCCCGGAAAGGAUGGUGCGGAUUGGCCGGGAUCUGCCCAGGGGACUUCGAGAGGAAAUCAUCUCAGUCCUCCGGGAAUAUGCAGAGAUUUUCGCCUGGAGUGUAGCGGACAUGCCAGGCAUAGACCGUUCUGUCAUAUGCCACCGUUUGGCUGUGAUGGAAGGUCAAGCUUUGGCAGACUUCCUCGUUGAACUGACCGGUCUAGAGCCCGAAGCCGGACCUUCCCAUACGAUCGAAUCGUGGUGGGAUAUGGCCGUUGAUGGGGCCUCUGGACCGAAGGGAUGCGGGGCCGGCGUAGUUUUCACUACCCCGGAAGGAUUCAAGAUCUACCAUGCCUUGGUUUUUAAUUUCAAACUCACCAAUAAUGAGGCAUUGGCCGGUGGUCUCAUAUUAGCCCGGGCUCUCGGGAUAAAAAGGAUGAAGAUCCGUUCCGAUUCAAGUCUGGUCGUUGGACAGGUCAAUGGUGAGAUGGAAGAGUUUCAUUUGACCAGGAUACCCUGGUCAGAAAAUACUGAUGCAGAUAUGCUCUCAAAGUUGACGCAAGCUUGCCCGGAGCAUGUGUCAAAGUUCGCAAAAAUUGAGAUACUGGACGUGCCGAGCGCAGACCGAUUUGAAGUGGCGGCUAUCCAACCCGGCCAGACUUCAGCAACCGGGAUAAUCGGAGAAGAUGAUGACUGGAGAUACGAUCUCAUGGAGUAUCUGGAGACCGGUCAGAAACCGGAUGAUGAAGAACGGGCCAGGAAGGUGGUCCUGCGGGCUCCUCGUUUUCAGGUAAUCGAUGGUCACCUGUACAAACGUGCCAUUGGCGGACCUCUCCUACGUUGCCUUACCAACCCGGAGGCUGAGCGGGUAUUAGCUGAGGUACAUGAGGGAGUUUGUGCAGCCCAUCAAAUGUCCCGCACUUUGGCUCAAAGAAUUAUAUUGCUUGGCUACUAUUGGCCGACCAUUAUUGGGGACUGUGAGCGGUAUGUUCGGAAGUGUAGGACGUGCCAAGUUUUUUACAAACAUCCCGGCAGACCGGCCACAUACUACCAACCCACGUCCAAUGUCUUACCAUUCGCCCGGUUUGGGAUUGACAUUAUGGGAGCUUUCCUGGUCGCCCAAGGUGGGAAGAAGUUCGUGAUGGUGGCGAUUGAUUACUUCACUAAAUGGGUCGAGGCUGAGGCGAUGGCUACCAUAACCGUACGGCAAUGUGAGAAAUUUGUGUGGAAAAACAUUAUCACCCGAUUUGGUGCCCCAAAGAUCAUUGUUACCGACAACUGUCCACAGUUUCGCAACCCCCGGUUCACUGCAUACCUUGCUAGCUUCGGGAUCAAGCAUAGCAAGGCAUCGGUAGCAUAUCCACAAGGAAAUGGCCAAGUCGAAAAUGCUAACCGGACAAUAGUAGACGGGUUGAAAAAGAGAUUGGGUGAGGAAGGACACAAGUGGUUGGAAGCCCUACCUCAUACAGUCUGGGCACAUCGAGUGACUUCAAGAAGGGCAACUGGAGAGACUCCUUUCGUGCUCACAUACGGAUGUGAAGCCCGGCUACCAGUAGAGGCAGAAAUUCCAACAUUUAGAGAAACCGUGUACCAGCCCGGUCAGAAUGAGGCCGACCACCUAGCUGAAUUGAAUCUGGUGGAAGAACGAAGGACCAUAGCAGCUGUCAAGAUGGCCGGUUACCAGCAGUCAGUAAAGAGGUAUCAUGACAACCGGGUGGGCCCACGAUAUUUCCAAGUGCAUGAUGAAGUCUUACGCAGAAGGGAUGCUAGUAAGCCUAAUGAGAGAGGCAAACUAGUACGAAACUCGGAGGGACCCUAUCGCGUAAAGGCUAUCGUCAGGCCGGGCACUUACCAACUGGAGACCAUGGAAGGUGGUCGGGUUGACCGACAUUGGAACUCUCAUCACUUGCGUAAAUUCUUUAGAUAAAGUGUAAUGAGUUCCCUAGACAUCAAUAAAACUCUGUUCUUUUC